AUGAUGAAGCUUACCUCUAUCGCCCUAUUGGCUAGCAUUGCCACAACAAAAACCAUGGCUGCAGCAAACCUGAUGCGUCGUGACCUUCGUGUUGAGACAUCGGGAGCCAACACAAUAGUAGCGGGCCUGCGCGACGACGAACUCGGUGCAAACGAGGAUUUUUGGGGAUCCUGGGAGAAUCAAUACGCGGGAUACUUGGGUGCACAAGAAGACAUCGAACCAAGCAGUGAUGAUACCGAGUCUGCAAGCGGCACCAGUGAACUUGACUUUACUGUUGGAGACCUGCCUGCUGCGGCGAAGGAGGUCUUCCAGAAGGCCGAGUCUGUGGUAACAGCGGCACUGCCGUUCAGCAUCAAGCACGCUACGUCCUUGGUGCUCCCCCUCGGUCUCGUCGCCGCAGCCAUGCUCAUGAUUGCAGUAGCUGCUGUGCUCAUCGGUGUGCGACGACAGCAGCUCAGCGAGCCUGUGUUCGGCCCAGUCGAAUUAGUUUCCGAUCUACCGGACCCCAUGACCACAUCCGCUGCCAGUGAAGCGGAAGGCGACGACUCGGACAAGUGUUCAUCAAAUCAUGGCGAUGAAGCGGACACGGGCGCAACAAUCCUUGCUGAGGAAGAACAGGAGGAAGAGAAAGAGGAGGAACAAGAAGAGUUUGUCGUAACACUUGCAUAGGUACAAUGUAGUUCAAGCCCUAAAAUACUCCACUUCCAUUCUCGACGAGCUGUUGCUAGCCACGGCC